AAUUGGUUAUUUAAUAUAUCCGUGAGCAUGCGUAACAGGCGGUGUUUAGCUUCCGGUCGGAAAACAACACGUUUUUGACGUUUAAUGGAUAGUUUAUUAUUAUAAAAGCAAUAUGAAGCCAAUAUUGUUGCACGGCCAUGAGCGUUCCAUCACUCAGAUCAAGUACAAUAGGGAGGGAGAUCUCAUUUUCACAGCUUCCAAGGAUAACCAACCCAAUGUAUGGUACUCCCUGAAUGGAGAGAGAUUGGGCACUUUCCAAGGUCACAACGGAGCCAUCUGGUGUAUAGAUGUCAACUGGGACACAACAAGAGUGUUAACAGGAAGUGCAGACAACACAUGUAAACUGUGGGAUUGUGAGACAGGCAAGAACUUGAACACAUUGGAUGUGAAGAAUGCAGUGAGAAGUUGUGGCUUCUCAUACAGUGGCAAUCUGCUGAUGUACACCACAGACAAAACUAUGGGCCACCCUUGUGAAAUACACAUAUUUGAUGUCAGCGAUCCAUCACAAAUGAAGACUGGUGAGCCUUGUAUACGUAUCCCUAUCAAUGGUCCUAAGAUCACCUCAGCCAUCUGGGGCCCCCUAGAGCAGUACAUUGUGACUGGAAUGGAGGAUGGGGAGAUCUGUCAAUAUGAUGUCAAGACAGGUGAGAAGAUCCACAACGUUACAGAGCACAGCAAGCAGAUCAACGACCUGCAGCUCUCCCUGGAUGGCACCAUGUGCAUCUCCGCUUCCAAGGAUACCACGGCCAAGCUGUUCGACACCAGCACUCUUGACCACCUGAAGACGUACAAGACCGAACGACCGGUCAACUCUGCCGCCCUCUCACCACUUCAGGAGCAUGUGGUUCUGGGGGGAGGUCAGGAGGCCAUGGAGGUGACCACAUCCUCCACCAGGAUUGGCAAGUUUGACGCUCGCUUCUUCAAUCUUGUCUUUGAGGAGGAGUUUGGGCGAGUGAAGGGCCACUUUGGUCCCAUCAACAGCUUGGCAUUCCAUCCAGAUGGAAAGAGCUACAGCAGUGGAGGGGAGGAUGGCUAUGUGCGUGUUCAUUACUUCGACAACGAGUACUUUGACUUCAGAUUUGAAUUCUAAUCCCUACCAAGAACUGUCGCAUUUGAAUUCGAAUUGAAGUGGAACAUAAUUAUUGCUUAAAACUGUAUACAGUGUCAGUGUGACAUCUUGACAGUAGCAAAAAAACUAAAAAAACACAACCAUGUUUGGUGUAAAUUUUACUGGAUCAUGUGUUAAAAUUAAAGUAAUUUCAAAUAAAGUUUUAGAUCGACGGA